ACAGUUUAUAUGGCAUUUUCCUUUUUUUAAUGUGAACUUACUGAAGCAAUUAGGGAAUGAAGAAGUGGACAGGGGGUGUAUUGAUCAUAGGACUUGCUUGCAUUUUGCUUAUUAGUUAUAGCUUUGUCCAAAAACAACCACGAAAGCAAUCGUCGUAUGAGUUCUUCCAUCCGAAUGAAGAACGUGGUAAUCUUAGUAACUCGGUACAAAAAACGGGGGAAAUGUUACGAACUUCUGUUGGAAGACCACACCUAAUCAAUGUGGAUGGACUUGAUUAUCUGUUUAACUUAACUCACAUGCCUAAAGAAGAGGAUACAAAGCCAUUGUUGGCAUGGGGGCAAAUGCGUCUUUUACUUUCUAGAUCGGAUUCUUUACCCGAAACAGCUCAAGGUAUUAAAGAAGCUUCUGUGGCAUGGAAAGAACUACUGUCUAAGAUUGAUGAAAGCAAAGCCUCUAAGUUUGUUGAUAACAAGGAGGAAAGAAAUUGUAGUUAUUCGGUUAGUUUGAUGAACAAUAGUGCUUUGUUUUCUAGCAAUGGCUCGGUUAUUCUUGGGAUGCCUUGUGGGCUUAUUGAGGAUUCUUCGAUUACGGUUAUUGCAAUUCCUGACAAGAAACAAGAUGGGUUUCGAAUCGAACUUGUGGGGUCAAUAGGGAAAGAGGAGCAAGACCCACCGGUGAUUUUGCACUACAAUGUGGUUUUACCUGGAGAUAACUUCACAAAGGAGCCGGUUAUUGUUCAAAAUACAUGGACAUACGAAUUUGGAUGGGGCAAAGAGGAAAGAUGUCCAAAUUUCGGGUCUUCAAGCAACGCAAAAGUUGAUGGGCUCGUAAAGUGUAACGAGCAACUCACCGGAAGCUCUUUGGAAGAAAACUCGAACCCUAAACAUCUUAGUGUUAACAAAUCGACCAACGCUUCUGAUGUGGGUGACCACAAUCAUAUGAGUUCUAACUUCCCUUUUUUGGAUGGAAGUCCAUUUACGGCCACAAUUUGGGUCGGGGCAGAGGGUUUUCAUGCCACGGUAAACGGAAGGCAUGAAACAUCGUUCGUGUAUAGAGAGAAACUUGAACCAUGGUUGGUGAGUGGGGUCAGAGUGACAGGCGGUUUGCGUAUCAUAUCUGCGUUGGCUAAAGGCUUGCCAGUGUCCGAAGAUCUUGACGUGGCUACCGAUCUAGAGUACCUUAAAGCUCCAUCCAUAUCUAAUAAAAGCAAGAGGCUUGUAUUAUUAAUCGGGGUUUUCUCUUCUGGAAAUAAUUUUGAGCGUCGGAUGGCGUUGAGAAGAUCUUGGAUGAAAUAUGAAGCCGUCCGUUCUGGCGUGGUUGCUGUUCGUUUCUUUAUCGGUCUUCACAAGAACAAGCAAGUUAAUUUUGAGCUAUGGAGAGAAGCUCAAACCUAUCAAGAUGUUCAGUUGAUGCCCUUUGUUGAUUAUUACAGCCUGCUGACUUUGAAAACUGUUGCAAUUUGCAUCAUGGGGACCAAAAUCUUGCCGGCAAAAUACAUAAUGAAAACAGACGACGAUGCGUUUGUUAGAGUUGAUGAAAUUCUUGCUAGCCUCAAGACCAAGACUUCCGAUGGCCUCUUGUAUGGCCUUGUAUCCCUUGAUUCUAAACCACAAAGGGACAAAGAAAACAAAUGGUAUAUUAGUACCGAGGAAUGGUCCCAUGAUUCAUACCCACCAUGGGCGCACGGUCCAGGCUAUGUGGUUUCCAGAGAUAUAGCAAAGUUUAUCGUCCGUGGCCACCAAGAAAGAAGCCUCAAGCUUUUCAAGCUAGAAGAUGUUGCGAUGGGUAUUUGGGUCGAACAGUUCCAGAAACAUGGUCACGAGGUUCAGUACAUCAACGAUGAUCGGUUUUACAAUGCGGGUUGUGAGCCAAAUUACAUACUUGCCCAUUACCAGAAUCCAAGAAUGGUUUUAUGUCUAUGGGAGAAGUUGCAGAAAGAGCAUAAACCUGAUUGUUGUGAUUGAGUUAAUACAUAUACAAUUACUCCUUUUGUACCCUUUUUGUGUCAUGUUGUGUGUUGUUGUACAUUAUGCAAUGCCGGUUGUACGUUUUGAUAGUUUGUUCUUCUGUAUUUAAGAUCAUGUCGGGUUGUAUUUAGCGUAGACGGGAGGUAGGGAGCUGGAGAGGUAUACAGUGGCAAAUAGGGUUUGUACGCUAGAGUAGGAGUGCGUAGUUUCCUUAAAUCAGUUAUGCUUUUGCUACUGUUUGUAUGUUUUUG